UUUCGCUUGCAUGAUAAACAAGUAAUCUGAACCCAUCUCAUUUAGCGGUAAUGCCAAGAAUCCAUUCUGAAAUGAGAAAGGGAAGUCAUUCUUUUAUUGGAAAGAAACGUUAAUUGUUAAUUAAUCAGCUCUUUGGUUCUGUGUGUAAAAUAUUAAUUUUUCCAUUGCAUGGUGGUUUAGAUGUUAGCAUGUUUGUCUCACACCUCUGAAAUACAGGAUAUAUGUUGUGCAUUGAGAUGUGAUUGCUUUGUGAGAAUGCAACAUGGAGUAAGAUAUAACUAACUCUAGCAAACAGUCAGUCAUGGAUAUGUUAUAAAAAGAGAAUGUCACUGUUUUAGUACCAAUUGAAGGUUAAAUGACAAAAAAGAAAUCAGUAUGGGACUGGCUAUAACCUCGACAUGCUGUGUCUGUUUAUGAUAUUACAAAUUACAAUACAUUCAAUUCAUGGUAUGGUAUCUUCAAGUAGCAUCCCUGGAGAUCCAUCAGGUUUGAUCUUGAGAAUGUUCUCACGUUUUCCUUGUGUUCAUGUGAGGUUCUCUGGUUUCAUCCCACUUCCCAAAAAAAUUGCAGGUAAGGGAAGUGGAUAUUUAAAUGCCCCCAGGGUGCGAAUGUGAGUGUGAGAGUGUGUAUUCGUGCCCCCUAGGACAGGCUCCGUAUCCAUCCUGACAUUGAUGAAUUUAAUGAUGAUGAACCUGAAUGCUUGGACCCCUAACACUGUGUCACGUAAAAAGCGUGAAUACAUGGCGAAUAUCAAAUAUUCCAUAAGUGGAAAUAUGUUUUCCAAGUGUUACAGUCCUCACUUAUUGGUUCUGCUAAUGUACCAGAAGUGUCUAUAGGUUUUUAGUUUUAGUGUGUUGAUCAUAGACACUUUGUAGCUAGAGCUCAGGUCCAAAUGUUAAAAAUGAUGCAACUUACCAUCUGCAUUACUAAACCCAACCCCCCGGAUGAUAAAAUCAUAAGACAUGAUGUAUUAAAUGUCACAGGGAUGAUGGCGGGGUAAGCCGUAGGGAACUGAAAGUACAGUAUGCCCAGCAUCUAGCUGUGCAUCUGUAGCAUGAGUUGACAUACAGGAUCUGACCUAAAAAACAAACAAACUGUUAACUCUUUUUCGCAGAGCCCAAUAAAUGGAAUUUGUGCCUGUUUGGUUGGGUCCAUGUUCAGCAUUGAAUCUCUUUGUGAUAUUUUACUGCACAUUGGUGGUUAAUAUGAAGCUAAUAUGAAAGCAGACACAGCCAGAAAGUCAUUCAUUUGUUAAUACUGAUAGAAAAUAUCUGAUAAAUUGAUUUCCAUUAAAUUGGCAGAACGAAAAAACGGUUAACUUUCCAAGAAAAUGUGUUGAAUCCAUUCCACUCCCAGCCAGUACUGACUGAGGUACUGUAGAGUACUGUAGAGUCUAUGUAUUGUCAAGCCCAAGACUAGGACAAGAUCAAACUAGGACCAAGUCCUAAGAGACUUGAGAUUAAAUCAUGAUCAAGUCUGAAUGAAAGUCAAGACAGAAAACCAUCAAAUCCUUUUUGAGGUUAAGACUUUUGUUGACCCACUUGUCUUCCUUCAUGCAUAAUGCUUAUAAACUCACAGUCAAGACCAUAUUUAACACAACAAGCACAAGACAAGUCUCAGUACUAAUGUCAGUACGUCCAAAUCAAUACAGAAAACAUCUGGAGACAUCCCUAGUUGAUACAUAACAUCAGACUGGUGUUUCUCUUUUUUAUCUAGUAAUCUGAGAAAUAGAGUUUUGCUUAAAAGUUAUGUAAAUAUGCUUUAUUUAUAUGUAGAACGGUGAUGUACCUCAUGUUUAAUGAUUUCACACGAGAGACCAGCUCCAGAUUCAGUUUCAUUAGAUAUAAUUCAGGAUUUAUUAUUUUACUGCAUUUCUGCAGUAAUAGUUUUACAAAAUUAUUUGUAGGUGUAUACAGAUUUCGUGAAAAAGCUAUAUAAUACUGUCUAAUACGUUGAGUAAAUAUAAACUUAUCAAUCUCUGAUAUAUUGUUAUAUGGAAAUCACCCUGCAAUGGCUUGGAGUCAAGAAGUGCAGUUUUAUUGGAAUUAUUAUUAAUCAAGUGCUGAUGUUACAGGAUCUGCGUAACAGUUGAGUGUUCAGAUGUAGCAUUCGCUUUGACUAAAGAGCCUCAUCAUCAUCGUCAUGUUUACCGGGGUUAACUCCAUGAUGAUGUUUCCUUUCACCAGUCAUGUGGAAGGAACACCUGAGACAAAGUUCAUGACAGGAUCUCCAGCACCCAGCUGCGUGUCCAUGAAGAGUGACCGGUCCAUAGAGCAGCCUCUAAGCCUGGGUAGGGAUGAAGUCGUCCCUGAGAGCACAUUUAAUACCAAAUGUGCCGUAUCUCCAGCACCCAGCUGCGUGUCCAUGAAGAGUGACCAGUCCAUAGAGAAGCCUCCAAGGGAAGACAUCGUCCCUCAAAGCGGAUUUAACGCCGUCCAAAGCGACGUAUCUCCAGCACCCAGCUGCAUUUCUAUGAAAAGUGCUCACUCCAUUGAGAAGCCUCUCAGCUUGAGCGGGGGAAAUGUCGAUCCUGAAGGCGGGCAAAACCUCAGAGCAGACGCUCAGCAGGAACGCCCACCGACGAAAAUAACCGAAGACUUCCUGUUACAUCCUUCUCAACCCGUGAACGACGAUCUGUCCGGCGUCUUAAAGAUUCACAAAACCAGCAUGCGCAACAGGCACCAGAGUUUAUUCGAAGGAAUCAAAAUGCACAGAAAUAAAACACUUCUGAAGACUGUUUACACCCAGCUCUACAUCAUAGAGGGAGAGAGUGAAGGAGUGAAUAAUGAACACGAAGUGAUCCAGAUGGAGAAAAGGCCCAGAAGACAGCACUUUCAAGACACACCGAUCAACUGCUUAGACAUAUUUAACCCCGUGCAGGAUUACAGCGCAGGAAAUGUUACAGAUAGAAGUGGAGCAGGAGUACAAAAGCUCAGAACUGUGUUAACUAAAGGAAUUGCUGGAAUUGGGAAAACCGUGUCAGUGCAGAAAUUCAUCCUGGAUUGGGCAGAAGGAAAAGCUAACCCGGACAUCAAUUUCAUGUUUGUGCUUCCGUUCCGUGAGUUGAAUUUGAUUAAAGAUGAAUGUUGCAGCCUACACAAACUCUUGUGUGACUUCCAUCCCGAGCUAAAAGUCCUGGACACGCAUGUGUACGACGUGUGUAAAAUCAUCUUCAUCUUCGACGGCCUGGAUGAAAGCAGGCUCCCGCUGGACUUCUUAAACGAUACGAAAGUGUCUGACGUCACGGUGACAUCAUCAGUGAGUGCCCUGAUGUCAAACCUCAUUAAAGGUGAACUGCUUCCCUCUGCCCUCAUCUGGAUAACCACCAGGCCAGCGGCAGCUAGUCAGAUCCCUCGGACGUGCAUCAAUCGUGUGACGGAAAUACAGGGAUUCAGCGACGCACAGAAGGAAGAGUAUUUCAGGAAGAAAAUCACCGAGCUCGAACACGCAGAGAAAAUCAUUUCACACAUUAAAAAGACCAGGAGUCUUUAUAUCAUGUGUCACAUCCCGGUGUUUUGUUGGAUAUUAGCCACGGUGCUUCAGCAAUUUAUGAAAGAAAAUAAUCACACAGAAGCUCCUAAAACCCUGGCUGAGAUUUACGCACACUUCCUGCUCAUUCAGACGAACAUGAAGAAUGAAAAGUAUGAAGAAACGGAUGAGAAAGAUCCGGGGAAACUUCUGGAAACAAACAGAGCCACGAUGUUAAAACUAGCACAACUGGCUUUUAAGCAGCUGAUGAAGGGCAACGUGAUGUUUUAUGAAGAAGACCUGACAGAGUGUGGGAUCGAUCUCACCGAGGCUUUGGUAUACUCUGGGAUUUGCACUGAGAUCUUUAAAGAGGAAUCUGUGUUAUACCACAAGAAGGUCUUCUGCUUCGUGCAUCUGAGCUUUCAGGAGUUUUUCGCUGCUCUCUACGUGUUUUACUGCUAUCUGACAAAGAGCACUGAGCCGCUGCAGCUUUUCAUGGCGCCGUACAGAGAGCAGUUCACGGACGUUGCUUUGGAUGAGUUGUUAAAAGCAGCAGUCGAUAAAGCCUUACACACUGACAAUGGACACUUAGACCUUUUCCUCCGUUUUCUGCUCGGCAUCUCACUGGAGAGCAAUCAGACACUCCUACGUGGCCUCCUGACCCACACGCACAGCAGCUCGGAGAACAUCCAGAGUACAGCUAAGUACAUCAAAUGGCAGAUUCAAACCGAGGACCUUCCCAGUGACAGAACAAUCAACUUGUUCCUGUGUCUCACCGAAAUGAAGGACCAGUCUCUCUCGAAAGAGAUUCAGGAAUUUCUGAAGACGGAGCAACGAUCCGAGAAGAAGCUGUCAGCCGCACACUGCACGGCAAUCACGUACAUGCUGCAGGUGUCAGACCACGUCCUGGAGGAGCUGGACGUGAAGAAAUACAAUGCCUCAGAGGAGGGAUGUAGGAGGCUGAUCUCUGCUGUGAGCAACUGCAGAAAGGCUCAGCUAGCAGGCUGUUAUCUCACCUCAAGUUCCUGUGAAACCUUCACUUCAGCGCUGCAGUUAGAAAAGUCGCCCCUGAAAGAACUGGACCUCAGUAACAACGACCUGCAGGACACUGGGGUGAAGCUGCUGGCUGAUGGACUGAAGAGCUCACACUGUGUGCUGGAGAUACUGCGCCUAGCUAUUUGUAAUCUUGGAGAAAAGGCUUGUGAAUAUCUGGCAUCAGCUGUCAUGCUGCCGCGCUCGUCUCUGAGAGAACUGGACCUCAGUAACAAUGACCUGCAGGACUCAGGAGUGAGGCUGCUCGCUGAUGGACUGAAGAGCUCACACUGUAUGCUGGAGAGACUGCGACUAUCUGGAUGUUUAAUUACAAGUGAAGGCUGCGCUGCUCUUGCUUCAGCUCUGAGUGCCAACCCGUCACACCUGAGUGAGCUGGACCUGACCUACAACCAUCCAGGAGACUCAGGGGAGAAGAUGCUCUCAGCAAGACUGAAAGAUCCAGACUGCAAACUGGAGACGCUUAGGCUGGAGCAUUCAGGAGAGAUUAGACUCACACCCAGUCUAAGAAAAUAUGCCUUUGAGGUCACGCUGGACUCGAACACGGCACACACGCGUCUCGCUCUGUCUGAGGAGAACAGAAAGGUGACACACGUGAUAGACGAUCAGCCGUACCCCGACCAUCCUGAGAGGUUUGACUUCUGGAAGCAGGUGAUGUGUCGAGAGAGUCUGCAGGGACGCUGCUACUGGGAGGCGGAGUGGGCAGGCGGAGAAGCUGUGAUCUCCAUGAGUUAUAAAGGAAUACGCCGGAAAGGAGGCAAAGGCGACUGUGUGUUCGGAUCCACAGAGAAAUCCUGGAAGCUGGACUGCUCGAGUAACAGCUACACCGCAUGGCACAACAAGAAGAGGACAGACAUCCCGGCUCCGGCGUCCUGCUCUAACAGGGUAGGAGUGUAUCUGGACUGGAUGGGGGGUACUCUGUCUUUCUACAGCGUCUCUCCUGACCCACAUACACUCACACACCUACACACUUACCACGCCACAUUCUCAGAGCCGCUCUACGCGGGGUUUUGGGUUGAUUGUGACUCUUCGGUGAGUUUGGGUUGAGAUCAUAUUGAUCUGCCUUGCAAAAUAUUUAUUUUUAUUUAUUCUUUAUCGUAGCACUUUAACGUCUGUUCUGCAACUCUCCAAUCUGAUUGGUCAAAUGUGGUUUGGCUCCUGUUACAUUCGUUUAUUUGUUAUAACACUUUAUCUUUUAUAGAAGUAAAAGGGACUUGUAUUGGGCAUUUAAUGUUUAAGGACAGUGUUCAUUUCGUAGCGAUGGAAAAUGAUUCCAGUGUCAUAAAUGCUGCUUAUAUUUACCCAGGGAUAACAAUGAUUCCUGGCUCUUCAUAAAUCUGACGUUCCAUACUGUACACUCCUAAAUGUUCUUCUUUGAAUAUUUGCACCGUCAACAACUCUGAUAAAUAUAGCACCUGACCACUUAAAGAAAUUCAGUGAGGGAAAAAAGUUGUCAUCCUGCACCUGAGCAGGUAUUGCUAUCUUUCACAGCUUUCUUUAUCUUUUUUUUUGUCAUGUAGUUGACCAGGUGAUAAAAAAUGAACUUCUGCUCAUGUUUCAGCGUGACGUAUUUCCCCCUCACUACAGCGAGCACUUCCGUGACAUUCUUUAAUCUCCCUAGCCUUUAGUGUUAAGUGUUUCUACGUCCCGGUUUUCACCUGAUAUGAGGUUUCCGCACGCUGCCGCUUUCCGAUCGGGUGUCUGUUGCUAAGCAGCCAGGUAAAUGAAACGUUUCGUCGUUUCACACUGAACACGUCUGGCAUUGCAGUGUGGAGUUAACAGGGUAAAGUUGAUCAUGCUUCAGCGCAGAGUUUCAUAAACCUGGGGAAAAAGCCCUGCUUCAUAACCCUGCUCCUAAAUUACACAUGUGAAGCUUUCCUCUAGUCGGGAUUAAAAGCAGGGUUUAGAACGACCUUGUCAAGUAUUUUUCAGUUAACAGAUUAUGUUAACCUUUUAAUAAACUGUAAGAUUAUUCAAUAAGCUUUACACUGCAGUAGCCCACGAUCUGAUUAAUAUCCUGUCUUAUACUUUAUAGUUUACAUCAUUUCCUUCUUUACUGCUCAUCAGCAUUCCCCAGUAUGUUUUCUCUGCUGCUUUUUAGGGUGAAUUUUCCACUUUUUUUCUUUUAUAAGUGUGAUGUUUGUUUUGGAGUCUGCGUUAAUAUUUUAGGUCAGCGGUUGAAGUUUAUGAGGCAGAUCUUCCUCAGGCUUUUCCGUAUGUGUGACACGUGUCUGUGUGUGCGCGCUCGCUGUGGACUGAGUGAAGCAUCUGAACACUUUCACUUGUGUUGAUGACGAUGAUGAUGAUGAUGUCAUUCUCAACUCGGAUGAGCUACUCCGAUGUAAUUAGGUCACUGCACCUUAUAGAUCAUAGAUGUUUUUCAGUCAGUUUUGUUUUAUUUUUAUUGUAUCUGAUUUUUUAUUGGCUGAAACUUGAGUGUAAGAAAUGCGUUAAAUAAUAUUGCAUGCUAUAUUAUCUUAUUUAUGAACACUAUUUAUAUCAGUUACAUUAUUAAUCUUUUUGUUGUUGCAUGUGUACUUUACUAUCUAUUUUCUGUGUUAGAAAUGA